AUGAAUCCCCCAGAGAGAAUUCGACCGCCAACUUCAAGGAGAAGAAGACGUAUGAUUAUUGAAGACGACGAUGAGGGACAUCGUGAUCAGGGGGAGCCUUCUAUAGUGCAUGAGGAAGAUGUGGUACAUGGGCAGGUGGAUGUACAUGAGCAUAUGGUGCACGAGCAGGUGGAUGUACAUGAGCAGGAGGAGGCUGCACCUGCUCAUGAGAGAGAGCAUAUGGAGGAGGAACAUGAUGGAGCUGAGGGACCUGGUGAGCUCACACGGUAUCCUGGAGGACCUUAUGAUUUGUCUGUCCUUACACGAUACCGUUAUCAUGUUUCAGCUAGACUAUGGUUUGGUGAGGAGCGACCAUUGCUGAAAAUUGUUGCGCAUGGGAAAAAAAUGCAACAAUUUACUCCGCCGGUACUUCCGCGACCCAUAGAGAAUUGGACAUCAUCAUUUCACAUGCCAUUUGGUGAAAUGACGAUUACUUUGAAUGAUGUUGCCAAUCUUCUCGGAUUGCCUAUUAGGGGUGAGUUCUACAGUCCACCCGAUGUAGAUAGAGUAACGACGUGUAAUCUUGCCGUCCAUCUAUUAGGAGUGACCACAGAAGAGAUCUGGGAGGAGACCAAAAAGACUAGAGGUGCACACUAUAGAUUGGAUUGGUUGAAGGAGGUGUUCAGAAGGCAGUGUGCAGCAGAGAGGUUUGACUGUGCUGCUAGGGUAUAUCUGUUGAAUUUAGUUGGGAGUACUAUUUUCGCUGAUAAGAGUCAUACUCUAGUUGAUGGGAAGUACCUUCCUUUAUUCAGAUAUUUAGACGGUAUAGAUAAAUAUGCAUGGGGUACUGCUGCACUAGUGGUGCUUUAUGACUACCUCUCAGAUGCCUGCUAUUAUGACACCAAACAGCUAGGUGGAUACAUGACGUUGCUUCAGUGCUGGAUUUACGAAUAUUUUCCGAAUAUUUGUAAUAGAGGUGAUCAGGGUGCUGACGUGGAAUGUUUUUCCCGAAUGAAUAGAUGGUGCUAUAAGCAAGGCAAGCAUAAGGUCCACGAAUACAGAAGUAUUAUUGAUGCAUUGACACCUGCAGAUGUUAUAUGGAGACCAUGGGAGAAUCACAGGGGUGUCAUUCCUUUUGAUGAUAUCACGCUUUAUACUGCUCACAUUCGAUUAUGCAGCACUGUAGUGAAAUAUCUACCAGAGAGGUAUUUGAGACAAUUUGGAUAUAUCCAAUAUAUUCCUUCACCGCCACUUCUAGAUCCUGCUAGAUUAUUUGAUGUAGAUAUGGAAUGGUUGAGAUAUGUGACGCCAGUGUCUCAUCCACUGCUGGUGCGACCAGAUGGUGUACCUCAGGUCCCACGUUAUAGUGUACCGCCCACCAGUGCAGAUGCUUCUAGUUCACAGCCGCCACCUAUCCUACAGCAGAUCGGUGAGGGGUUGAGUCAACAUCAAGCUAGUCCAGAUGAUGAGUUGUAUAUUCACUUUUAUAAAGCUUUGUAUUUAUCACGUAGUCGCACUAGUUAG